AUGUCGGAUAUAACGAGAGGUUACCAUUUAGUUAGUCCCGUGGACAAAGAUAUAUAUAGGCCGAUGUGUUGGAAUGCCGCUGACCGUACGAUCGAUUUUGUGGCGAUGCUCCAAGAGAGUUGCACACGGGAUCGUACCGGUCGUCGUUCGACGGUCGGGGCUCUUGAACGCCGUGGACCGGAAUCGGUGUCGUCGUUGGACCGCAUGAUCAAUUAG